CUAAUAAUCUUCCAAAAGCAAUUGCAGCAGCUCACACGUUUCUUCUGAAGCAUCCAGAUGAUGAAAUGAUGCAAAGAAACAUGGCCUACUAUAAGAGCAUACCUGAUGCUGAGGAGCAUAUUAAAGACUUGGAGACAAAACCCUAUGAGAAUCUUUUUGUCAGGGCUGUGAGAGCGUACAAUGGCGACAACUGGAGAACAUCUGUCUCAGACAUGGAACUGGCUCUUCCCGAUUUCUUCAAAGCCUAUGACGACUGUACAGCAGCCUGUGAAGGUUCCCGAGAGAUCAAGGAUUUUAAAGACUUCUAUCUUUCCAUUGCAGAUCAUUAUAUUGAAGUUCUUGCAUGCAAAGUGCAGUGCGAGAGUAAUCUGACGCCCAUUAUUGGAGGCUUUGUUGUUGAGAAAUUUGUGGCCACCAUGUACCAUUACUUACAGUUUGCUUAUUAUAAAUUGAAUGACAUGAAGAAUGCAGCUGCUUGUGCUGCUAGUUACCUUCUGUUUGACCAGAAAGAUGAAGUAAUGAAACAGAACAUGGUCUACUAUCAGUACCACAGAGACAAAUGGGGACUUAAAGAGGAGGAUUUUCAGCCCAGAUCGGAAGCUGUUCGAUACCACAACAUAACCACACUCCAGUUGGAAAUGUAUGACUUUGCAAAGGAACAUCUGAUGGAUGAUGAUGAGGGUGAAGUUGUGGAAUUCCUUGAUGAGCUGCUAGAAGUAGAGGAAAAGAAGGAAUCCUGAUGAGUGAAAUCACUUCUGAAGUAUUUUAUGAAAGUGAAGAUUCACCACUGCUCCUUACUAGUGUUUUUGGUCACCUGUAGUUCCAGUUAGAUAUACCUCAAAGCUGCUCCUUUAAGCUCCACCUUACGUCACAAGAUCCGCUCCUGAAGGAUCACUUCCGUGCUGCUGGCUCUUCUGUGAGCGUGGCUUUUCACUGUGCAUUUACAGAAUUGGUGCAUAGGGGGUUUCCUCCUGAGCUUUCUUCCCAUCACACAAACACAACAAAACGGACUGUUUGUAUUUUCUGGGCUGACACUAAGGUUCCUUGUUUCAGUGAUGUUCUAGUGAGUUGUAACAGUAGAGCUGAAUUCCAAAGAACUUCUGUCAGGUUGUGACCCGGGGAAGACAUAACAGUUCCUCUUGACUUUCUGAGCUAUGUAUUGUAUUAUUUAUAUAUGUCUUUUUCUAUGAUGAAGAAUAAAGUGAUACU